CAUCAACAAAAGCAUCAUCUUCUUCUUCUUAAGUGUAGAAAUACUACAACAGCAGUUCUGGCUAAUCCUUGGUGGACAAUUCAAGGAGGGUUAUCUGGGGUUGACCCAGGAACCCACUCCCCAAGUGAUUUAAACAAACACCACAACACAAACCUAACGAUCAACGAAAAUCACGAUGAUGAAGAAGAAGACGAUGACAACAGAGAUGAACCUAGAGAAGGUGCAGUCGAAGUUGGUAACCGAAGACCAAGAGGAAGACCACCUGGAUCCAAAAACAGACCAAAACCACCUAUCUUUGUAACAAGAGAUAGCCCAAAUGCUUUGAAGAGCCAUGUCAUGGAGGUAGCCGGUGGAGCUGAUAUAGCAGAAAGUGUAGCACAAUUCGCAAGGAGGCGUCAACGCGGUGUUUGUGUUCUCAGUGGAAGUGGCUCUGUAGCUAAUGUUACUCUUAGACAACCUUCAGCUCCUGGUGCCGUUGUAGCACUUCAUGGCAGGUUUGAGAUUUUGUCCUUAACCGGGACAUUUCUACCUGGUCCUGCUCCACCAGGUUCAACUGGUCUUACAGUGUACCUGGCUGGAGGUCAGGGCCAGGUUGUUGGAGGUUGUGUUGUUGGAACUCUUGUUGCAGUUGGACCUGUUAUGCUUAUUGCCGCUACUUUUACUAAUGCUACUUAUGAGAGACUUCCACUUGAUGACGAUGAUAAUGAUAAUAAUGAAGGGCCUAAUUCUGCAGGCGGUGUGCAAGGUGGAGGAGCGUCGACUGGUGGAUCGCCUCCACCAGGAAUUGGUCAUCAGUUGCAGGGUGGGCUUCCAGAUCCUUCUUCCAUGCCUUUGUAUAAUUUGCCACCAAAUUUGUUGCCUAAUAAUGGAGGGCAGAUGGGACAUGAGGCUCUUGCCUGGGCUGCUGCUCAUGGAAGACCACCUUAUUGAGUUGAGUUGUGUGAAUUUUCGAAUAAUUUAGGGAGGUAGAGAUCAAAUAUAUCUAAAAAUCAAAUUUAGAUCUGUGAAUUUGUCUUGUAUUUUGAAGGAUAUAUGUAUUGUGAAGAAGACUCUGAGGAAGCAUGCAUCUUAGUUCUUAGUAAUAUUGUUGUAUAUGGAUUAUGAACUUCUUUUUUAUUCUCUUUUGCUUCUGUGUUUUGAAUAAAAAAUAUGAUUGUGGGCGUCUUUUUAUUUUAUAUAUCUAUGAAUGAAUAAUUUAGUAGUUUUA